UCAUUCUAGAUCCUUCCAAACCCUCAGACAUGGCGAGGUUCGGCGAGGGCGACAAGCGGUGGAUCGUGGCCGAGCGCCCCGACGGCACCAACGUCCACAACUGGCACUGGGCCGAGACCGACUGCUUAGAAUGGUCCAAAGCCUUCUUCAAGAACCACCUCACAAACGUCGCCGUGGCCACCGCCGCCACCGCCGCCGAAGCCUCCGUCACCAUCACCAAACUCCAGAGGCUGGACGGCGAGGCCUACGUGAACGUCCGCAAGGGCAAGGUCAUCCCAGGCUACGAGAUCAGCCUCCUCAUCGCCUGGGAAGGCCAGCUCCAUUCCGCCAAAGUCUCCGGCGCCGCCGAGAUCCCCUACCUCGCCGACGAAAACGCCGGGGAGGAUCCCGAGGUGAGAGUCAAGGUCAAGGAGGACGGCGAGGUCGCCAGCAAGCUGAAGGAGGUUAUGGCGACGAAGGGGAAGGAGCUGAUUCUGGAGAGGGUUAGGGUUUGGGAGGCCAGCAUGGCGAAGGGCGGGCCGGUGAAGGAGGAGCUCGAGGCGAAGAAGGCGGCGAAGCGUGCCGCUGCGGCGGAGAAGAGGAGUGCGGGGAAGAAGGGGUGUAAGGUGAUUAGUUUGACGGAGAGGUUUAGGUGCAGGGCGAGGGACUUGUUUGAGAUAAUGAUGGAUGAGAAUAUGUGGAAGGGGUUCACGCAAAGUAAUGCGAGGAUUAGUAGGGAGGUUGGUGGGGAGUUUAGUAUUUUCGAUGGGUCGGUGAUUGGGAGGAAUCUUGAGUUGCAGGAAGGGAAGUUGAUCGUGCAGAGGUGGAGGUUCGGGAGCUGGCCUCAUGGGAUGCAAUCAACGGUGAGGAUUGUGUUUGAGGAGCCUGAAACUGGAGUUACUGUUGUUAAGCUCACGCAUAGUGAUGUGCCUGAAGAAGACAGAUAUGGGAAUGCAACUGUGGUGGAGAACACACAGAGAGGGUGGCGGGACCUCAUUUUCCAAAGGAUAAGGGCUGUGUUUAAUUUUGGAAUUUGAGAGUCUCCGGAUACUGUUUGUGCUGUAGAAUUUUUGUUUUCUUUUUAUGGAUUUUUUCUUUUCAGUAAGGGAAGAUUAUUGGAUUGGCAAAGGAUCAUAUUAUUGCGAAAGCGAAGUGUCUUCUGCAAUGAUUUAGCAAAUUGCCUCUUGCACAAUUGCAAGGUCCUGCCGCAUGUAUCUCUAGUUAGAUUUGUGAUUUGUGAUCAUCAUUGUUAAUUGUUUCUGGUGUACUCUGUCACUGUUUUAACUCGUUAUACAAACAGUUCAAAUUUUAAACUGGAGCUAAAUUGCUCCAGUCUUUUACAAAAUUAAGACAAGAGUGAAAUGUCAUUAUGGAUAUGAAUUUUCCAGCUGCAUGUUCCUACUUAUAUGACAUGCUGCAUAUGAUCUAAAUGAAGAUUGCUGAAUAUGAUUGUUUUGGAUUA